AUGGACAUUUUAGGAUCAGAUCAGAGUAGUUUUGCUGCCUAUUUAAAAGAAAGAGGUCAUGAUCCUUCAACCAUUAGCAAAGAAGAAAUAAAAAAGUUAAAAAGAGAUUAUAAGAUUACUCCUCAGCAAGCAUUUGAUGAAGAUAAUGAAGAGUUAAAAAUAAAUAAUUGUGAAAAACUUACAGCUGUCUAUUGCUCUACUAACAAAUUGAAAAAGUUAGACAUAAAUGAUUGCCCACAACUGGAGAAUUUAGAUUGUUCUAACAAUGAGUUAACGGACUUAGGUUUAAGUAAUUAUCAGCAAUUGAAAGUACUUAAUUGUGCUGGCAAUAAAUUUACUAAUUUAUCAUUUUUUAAUUAUUGCCCUAAUCUUACCGAGUUACAUUGCGAAAACAAUAAGUUAACUAAUCUUGACUUUUCAGUUCUUAAUCGUGAAAAGUUGACGAAAAUAAACAUUAAAAAUAAUAACCUUUCUGAAUCUGAUUUGUCUGUUCUUGCCUCUUUUCCUAACUUAAAGGAAAAAAAAGAGUUAAAUUUAGACUUGAAUCAAGAGAGGGUAGGAGGAUACCUAGACUUGUCUGAUUUUACUAAUUUAGAAAAAUUGGAGUUAAGUGCAAGUAAAAUGACUACUCUUAAUCUUGAUGAAGAACUUGAAUUAGGUGGUAACAAUUAUUUUCCUGAAGGAGAUCUAGAGGUUUUUGCUCCCUUUCAAAAACUGAAAACUCUAACUAUAGCAGAUUUUUCAAAUGAAUCUAAAUUCAUUGGUUCUCUUAAAUCUUUACGCAAUAUGAAUGAGUUGAAGAAAAUGACAAUUAUAGGUACCAAUGUUAACUGUGGACUAGAAUACUUAGCAGAGAAUGUUGAAGAAGUUUAUUAUGUCCCUCUUAGAUCGGAAAAUAGAAUGAAUGAUAUCUAUGAAGAGUUGCAGCCUUUCGGCGGUGACAUAAAAAAAUGGCGAGAAGUUAAAAUGGAUAAAAAAUGCUAUCUUUCUCUUUCGCCCUUAAUGCCUCCUCAAUUAAUUGGUGAGAAUAAACAAAAAAGUAAGUUUUCUAAAUUAGUGGAAAAAAUCCAAAGACAAAAUCGAGAGAGUGAACUACUAGCCAAUAUCUCAAAAAUCAACUAUGACAAAAUUCAUUUCGAAGACUGGCCUAGAAAUAAAAAAAGAGAAUUUUCUUCUUCUGAACAGUUGCCAACUAGAAUUUAUAACAUUCACGAAAAUAAAGUAGAGGAAACUAAAGACAAUCCCAGCAUCAAAAAUUAUGCCAUUCUUUCUUAUGUUUGGGGUGACCCUAAUAUAAAAGCAACUCCAGAAAUGGAAAAAGAAGAAUGA